AUAAGUCGCCGCCGCGCGAGGACGCGGGCGCGGACUCGGCUCUGGUCCCUCCCCUUAUCCUGAGGCGACCCUCCUGGUGCGCGCGCCACCACCGCAAGUCGUUGUUGCAACCGCGAGCCUCGCUCGUCUCCUCUUCCUCCUCCUCCUCCUCGACAUGGUCAGCGAGCAAACGGCGCCGGUGGCGACCGCCGAGGCGGAGCUGGAGAGCAGCGCCGCGCCGCCCGUCAAGCCCGACGAGGCCGCGGCCAAGGCGCAGCCGGAGGACGACGCCCCCGUUGUGGAGGAUGCCAAGGAUGAUGACGACGACGAAGAAGACGACGAUGACGACGAGGAUGAGGAUGAAGACGGUGAACAAGGUGCAAUCGGAAACGAGGGCUCCAAGCAGAGCAGGAGCGAGAAGAAGAGCCGCAAGGCCAUGAUGAAGCUCGGAAUGAAACCCGUCACGGGAGUCAGCAGGAUUACCAUCAAGAGAGCCAAGAAUAUACUGUUCGUGGUGUCCAAGCCUGACGUCUUCAAGAGCCCGACGUCGGAGACGUACGUCAUAUUCGGGGAGGCCAAGAUCGAGGACCUGAGCUCCCAGCUGCAGGCGCAGGCCGCGCAGCAGUUCAGGAUGCAAGACCUGAGCAAGGUGAUGUCCAAGCCGGACGCGGCGGCGGCGGCGCCGGCCGACGAGGAGGAAGAGGUGGACGAGACAGGGAUAGAGCCCCGCGACAUCGACCUCGUCAUGACGCAGGCCAGCGUGUCGCGGGCCAAGGCCGUCAAGGCGCUCAAGGCGCACGACGGCGACAUUGUGAGCGCCAUCAUGGAGCUCACGGCCUGAAGCCCCCUCCUGCUGCUGCAUUGGCACCACCUCUCUUCCCCCAUUUCAGUAUCGUGUUUUUUUUUAUGGCGUUUCGUCGUGGGUUUGCAUAAGAUGCCCUGUUUGUUCAGCUGCUGGACUUUGCAUCAAACUUUUCAUAGCAUGUUCCCAUAUUAGUGUCAUCUUAAAUGGAGUUUUCAGACUUGUUUGAACGGCAACACCAAUAGAGUUCGAUAUUUUGAGUCAAUUAAGAGGAGAAAUAAGAUGUUCACCAAAUCCAUAGCAUGCCAGCGCAAUGGUAAUAUAAAUUUAUUGGAUUAA